GACGGAGGAGUAUGCGAAGCAUACGUCUUUAACAAGAGGCGUAGCUUUACGGCUCGGUCAGUGUGCUGUUGUCGGCGUAGAAAUUUCCGCUUCCUGCUUCGAUAAACAUUUCAGAUCUCAGACGAAGUUGAAAAACAGCUAGUUUUGGAUUUUUUAUAAGAGCGCGCGUUCACGGUACGGUGUCAGUAAUUGCACGGUCCGUCUGGGUAGGAACAAAAUUUGCCAGCCAGCUAGUUUGUCUCUGCAAGGGUUGGAUUAACAAACACUUAGCUAGCUCUUCAGCUAGCAAGGGAGCUGCACAAAAGCUAUUUUUCAUGAUAGCUGCCUAUAUCUGUAAGCAGCGCCACAAGCUAUCCGAUAAGUAAGGAGAGAAGUAACUAAAUUAUCGGCUACUGUUUUAAACCCGGUAUCUACCUCCAGCAUGUCGGAGCGAGGAGGGCUCCCGCGGACUGGAGGCGCUCCAUCUCCGCACAUGCAGCCCUCCAAACCGGUGGCGAUCACGUCGAAUCGCCCGGUACAGAUGAACCUGUUUGCUACGUGGGAAGUAGACCGCUCCUCGCCAAGCUGUGUGCCCAGGCUCUUUAAUCUGACUCUGAAGAAGCUGAUAAUGUUGAAGGAGUUGGACAGAGACCUGACAUCAGUGGUGAUUGCUGUGAAGCUCCAGGGUUCCAAGCGAAUCCUGCGCUCCAAUGAGAUCUUGCUCUCCUCAGCUGGACUGACGGAGACAGACCUCCAGCUCACCUUCUCCCUGCAGUACCCUCACUUCCUGAAGAGAGAUGCCAACAGGCUUCAGAUUAUGCUCCAGCGCAGGAAGAGGUACAAGAACCGCACCAUCCUGGGCUACAAGACCUUGGCCCUGGGCCUGAUAAACAUGGCGGAGGUGAUGCAGCAUCCCAGCGAGGGGGCCCAGGUGCUGGGGCUCCACAGCCAGGUGAAGGACGCCUCUGUCCCGGUGGCCGAGGUCCGCGUGUACUCCCUGUCCAGCCAGCCUAUCGACCACGAGGGACCCAAGGCCAAGAUGUCCGAUCGCUCUCCGGACAUUGAUAACUACUCUGAAGAGGAGGAGGAGAGUUACUCUUCGGAGCAAGAGGGCAGCGAUGACCCCGCCCACAGCCAGUACCUGUUUGAUGAAGAUGAUGAAGUGAGGAAGAAGAAACCGCGACGCAAACUGCCCUCAAACGCAGCCAACACCCGAGUGAACCAACCCAACAUCAAGCAGAAAUUUGUGGCUUUGCUGAAGAGGUUCAAGGUUUCUGAUGAGGUGGGUUUCGGCCUGGAGCACGUGUCACGGGAGCAGAUCCAGGAAGUGGAGGAGGACCUGGACGACCUGUACGACAGCCUGGAGCUCUACAACCCCAGCGACAGCGGCCCAGAGAUGGACGAGACGGACAGCAUCCUCAGCACCCCCAAACCCACACUCAGGCCUUUCUUUGAGGGCAUGUCCCAGUCCAGCUCCCAGACUGAGUUCGGAAGCCUGAACAGCAAAGGCAGCCGAGACCCUUUCAGCCCUCAGGGGGAGCAGCCUCCCUCAGAAAGAAUGAAGCACUCUCGCAGUCGCAACCUGGACGACGCUCUGUCUGAGACUGACACACUGGAUGAGCAGGAUUUUUUGGGGGAGGCGGGACCCUGCGUCACUGUGUCUGUCCCAGAGAAACUCCGCACCCCCCUCAAGGCUGAGAGCCAGAGCCUGUCCUCCCCCAGGAUGGACGGGGGCCAGACCGCGCGGCAGAAGCGCAACGCGCCGCUGAAGGAGCGGCAGCUAUCCAAGCCGCUGAGCGAGAGGGCCAACAGCUCCGACGGCGAGAGGUCCCCCGAGCUCGGCCACUCCACUUCGGUCCUGCGGAAGGCCGUGUAUGACCAGCUGAACCAGGUCCUCCUGGCCGACUCCGCCCUCCCAGAGUGCCUCAUCCUGGUCAACGGCACGGACUGGCAGGGCCAGUACGUGACGGAGCUGCUGCAGGCCCAGAAGCAGCCGGUCGUCUGCACCUGCUCGGGGGCAGAGAUCCAGACCGUGCUCUCCGCAAUCCUCACCCGCAUACAGAAGUUUUGUAACUGCAACUCGUCCAUGCCCAGGCCGGUGAAAGUAGCAGCGGUGGGGGGGCAGAGCUACCUGGGGGCCAUUCUGCAGUUCUUUGUCACCCAGCUGGCGAACAAGACGUCCGAUUGGCUCGGUCACAUGAGGUUCCUGGUGGUGCCUUUGGGUUCACACCUGGUCGCCAAGCACCUGGGCACUCUGGACAACCGUUACAGUGCGGCCUUCCUGGACAGCUCCUGGAGGGACCUUUUCAGCCGGACGGAACCCCCCCAGACAGACGUCCUGGACGUGGCGGGCCGGAUCUCUCAGUACAUCAGCGGGGCCACCAUCACCCACCAGGUGCCCAUCGCUGAGGCCAUGCUGACCUGCAAGCACCGCACGCAUGAUGAAGACUCCUACCAGAAGUUCAUUCCUUUUGUUGGGAUGGUGAAGGUGGGAUUUAUCGAACCCGGGCCUUCGUCUGCAGGUGGGGACCAGGAAGAGGGCGCGGCCGUCAACUUGGCCGUCCCCUCCACAUCCCCGCCCACUCACGGAUCUCCAUUGGGGCUUGUGAAAGAAGUGGCCACCCCGCCUUCCUCGCCCUCCAUGAGCUCCGUAUUGGCUGGACAGGGGAGUCCCAGCAUGUCCCAGGGGGUGGACGCUAUCGGGCUGCAGGUGGACUACUGGCUGGCCUCGCUGGCGGACAAGAAGCGGGAGGGCGAACGCCGUGACACCGGCUGCAAGAACACGCUGAAGAGCGCCUUCCGAUCGCUGCAGGUCACCCGGCUGCCAGGAGGGGGCGCCAGCGACCUGCAGACGCAGGUCAACACGAUGGCCAUGACCGUGGUCACGAAGGAGAAGAACAAGAAGGCUGGCAGAAGCAUGCUGGAGGUGGCCAGUCUACUAGAGAUUCUACCAGAAAAGUCGCUCUUGCACAUGCCCACCAUAUUCCUGGGGAAGAAGCCGAAGGAGAAGGAUGUGGAUUCCAAGAGCCAGGUCAUCGAGGGAAUCAGCAGACUCAUCUGCUCCGCAAAGCAACAACAGACCAUCCUGAAGGUUUCCAUAGAUGGCGUGGACUGGAACGAUGUCAAAUUUUUCCAGCUGGCUGCCCAGUGGCCAACGCACGUCAAGUACUUCCCAGUGGGACUGUUUGGCUACAGUAAACCACCCUCUUAGGACCCGCCCCCACAGGCUUCACCUCUGCCCACCCAUUGCACACAGCCCUUGUCUAUCAGAGCUCUGUGGUAUCCCUGCUAACCAAUCAGAACAGAACUGACCAAGGGAGGCAGGCCUCUCAUACAUGUUUUUUUUUAAA